AUGCGCGUCGAAAUACUCGCACUCGUCCUCGCGGCCGCCAGCGCGUCUGCGCAAGCUGUGGUGGGCACCGCCUAUGGCUUUGGAGCUGGGGCGACUGGUGGAGGCAGUGCAAAGGCCGUGACUCCGACGAGCAACGAGGAGCUCGCUGGAUACCUGGCCGAUGAUACAGAGCGGGUGAUUUUGCUCACCAAGACAUUUGACUUUACAGGCAAGAAGGCAACUGGCGCGGGCUGUGACCGCAAAAGCUGCAGUGCUUCGAAUGGGGGCCAGUUGUACCUGGGUGAUAUAUCCUGUGGGACAGAGGACAAUGUCGCCGUUAGCUCGGUCAACUAUGAUGAGGCCGGUACGAAACCGCUGGUUGUGGGUAGCAACAAGAGUAUUCUGGGUGUGGGCGGCAAAGGUGUGAUCAAGGGCAAAGGCAUGUCCAUCAAGAAGAACGCCAGCAACGUGAUUAUCCAGGGAGUGGAGUUUAGCACCAUCAACCCGGCUGUUGUCUGGGGCGGCGAUGCGUUGGAUCUCAAGGGAGGAAACACCAAGAUCUGGGUCGACCAUUGCAAGUUCUCGACGACGGGGCGCAUGUUUGUCGUCUCCCACUACGACGGCUCGAGCCUGACGCUGUCCAACAACGAGUUUGAUGGGGUGACGACCACAUCAGCGACUUGUAACUCGAACCAUUACUGGACAAUGAUGUUCAUUGGGAAGAACGAGAAGAUCACCUUGGACAAGAACUACUUCCAUCAAGUCUCUGGCCGGGCGCCCAAGCUUGGCCAGGAUGGUGUCUCUGGCCACUUCCACGCUGUCAACAACUUCUUUGAGAACAUGAAGGGACAUGCGUUUGAUGCCUACAAGGGAGCCAAUGCUUUGGUCGAGGGUAAUGCCUUUGUCGCCGUCGACCAGCCGUCGACCAAGCACACUGCUGGCAUCGACACUUUUGUGUCCAAGGGCGGCAAUGCCUGCUCCUCAGCCCUGGGCCGUGCCUGUCUUGAGAACAGCGUGGAUCCGGCCAGCGGCGAGCUCAGCAGUGGCUCCAGCUCGGGCUUCAUGUCGGAGUUUGCCAAGGUCGAUGUGCCUUCGCCCAUGGAGGCCGGCAAGGUUGCGGCUUUUGUCAAGGCCAAUGCUGGUCCUGCCAACCUGGGUGCUGGCACUGGCGAAGCUGCUGCGACCAAGCCGGCGGAGAAGAACGCCAAGCCCGCAAAGGAGGCUGCGAAGAAGCCUUCGAAGAAGCCUUCGAAGAAGCGUGCUGCUGCUGGGCCGAACAAGACGCCUGCGAGCGGCUCUGGCAGCCUCCAGCUUUACAGUCAAUGUGGAGGUCAGGGUUACUCUGGCCCCACAGAGUGCGAGGCUCCUGCUGCUUGUGUCAAGGUGAGCGACAGGUAUAGCCAAUGCAUGAACAGCUCUUCCAAGUUCCGUCGCGCUUUGGGUUUCUAG